AGGCGGGACGUGGUCAUGCAGUCAGACUUGUGUGCGCUGGCCCUUUAAGGGUUGCAAGGAUUUGGGAGUGACGCGGAUAUGAAACCCAGUUGAGUUUAUCCUUCUUUCCUUCGCUAUGAAAAAUAUUUGGACGAACUAGACGAACGGCUGUCAGACGGCCCUAAUUAGCCAAUUAUGUUACUGUUUUACGUGACUUGUUGAAGGACGCGAGCGACGCCGCGGAGGCGCGACGACGGGCAGAAAGUGUUCCUCCGCCCGCCUUUGGGGGAUUAUACUCGGAGAACUUUGGAGAAGUUCUUUGUAUUCAGGGCGGUCGAGAGACCUUGGCCAGCGGGCUCAACAUGGACUGGGGCACUGAGCUUUGGGACCGAUGUGACGUCAUCGAGAAGCACACGCACUCCGGGAUAGAGCUGGUGGAGAAGUAUGUGAAAUUUGUGAAGGAGAGAACAGAGAUCGAGCAGAACUAUGCCAAGCAGCUGAGGAACCUCUCAAAGAAAUUUAAUCUAAAACGGAUCGGCAAAGAUGAGCCAGACGGCAGGCUCACCAGCUACCAGUCGUUUAUGGACAUCUUGAACGAGAUGAACGACUACGCGGGCCAGAGGGAGCUGGUGGCCGAGAACAUGCUGAUGAACAUUUGCGCCGACCUCACCAAGUACCUGCAGGAGCUCAAGCAGGAGCGAAAGUCGUAUCUGAUGGAGGCCAAGAAGGCCCAGCAGGCAUUGGAGAGCACCAACAAGCAACUCGAAACUAGUAAAAAGCGCUUUGAGCGGGAAUGGCGAGAGGCAGAGCGCGCGGCGCAGAGCGCGGAAAAGACGGAUCAGGACAUCAAUGCCACCAAGGCGGAUGUAGAAAAGGCCAAGCAACAAGCUCACAUGCGAGCGCACACCGCAGAGGAGUGCAAGAACGAUUACGCCGCUCAGCUUCAAAAGUUCAACAAGGAACAGAAGCAGUUCUAUUUCACCGACAUGCCGCUCAUCUUUAAUAAAAUGCAAGAACUGGACGAGCGGCGGAUGCGGAAGUUGGCGCAGGGCUACAUCUUGUUCUCGGACACAGAGAAGCAGGUGAUGCCCAUCAUCGGCAAGUGCCUGGAUGGCAUCACCAAAGCCGGCACGAACGUCAAUGAGAAAAAUGACACCUUGGUGGUCAUCGAGCAGAACAAGUCGGGCUUUGAGCGUCCGGGCGAUGUGGAAUUCGAGGACUACAGUCAAGGCAUCAAUCGAGCAUCGUCAGACAGUAGUCUGGGGACGCCCAAGGCCUCCAUUGACCUUUUGGGCAAGAACCGAGGCAAAAACUUUUGGCUUUUCAGCAAAAAGUCGAAGCUCUCUCCUUCCACGCUCCCACCUUUCCUCACCCCUCCCGCCCCCUCGCCCGUUAAUGGACCCCCGUCCCCCAAGUUUGGCCGGGACCCCCUGUCGUACUGUUUGAAGGAGAUCAAUAAGACAGUCAAACCCAGAAUCUCGUCCUUCCGCACACUCAGGAGAUCGAAGUUCACGCCCCAGAGGAUUCCGCCUGCGGUCACUGAGGACUUCACCCAUCUCCCUCCGGAGCAGCGCAGGAAGAGGCUGCACGAGAAACUGGAGGAAACCGGCCGAAAGUUGCAGAAGGAAAUAGAUCAGAGUGAGGCCCUGGGGAAGAUGAAGAGUGUUUAUGAGAAAAAUCCAGAUCUGGGAGACGCCGCCAGCCUCGCACCCCAAAUCAAUCAGACAAAUCUGAAUAUCGAACGCCUCAGGGGGGAGCAAAACAAGUAUGAGACGUGGUUGGCUGAUGCAGGAGGUCGAGGCGACACACCACGAUACAAAUCGCACUCCUUCAACAACAGCGACACUCACGAACCUCUCAGCCUGGAUGGCGCUCACUCCGACGGAAGCACGCCCGACGCCGCCUCCCAUGCUAUCUAUGCCGAGUUUGAUGAUGACUUUGAGGAUGAGGAACUGGCGGCGCCCAUUGGGAACUGCACCGCCAUGUAUAACUUUCCCGGCGCCAGCGAAGGCACCAUCGCCAUGCAGGAAGGAGAGGUGCUGGCCGUGGUGGAGGAAGACAAAGGCGACGGUUGGACACGCGUCCGCAGGAGCAACGGGGACGAAGGCUACAUCCCGACGUCUUACGUCUCCAUCUCGCUCCAUAAAUGACACACCACACGAUUGCAAGAGCAAAAAGAAGAGGACUCCCUUCAAAAAAAAAAA